GGGGGUUAUACAAUUUUAAAAUUAUUCUCAUACUUCCAAAAUGAUUUUUUUUGUAUCAGUGCAAUUUUAGUUGGGUUUAUAAUAGAGUGAUUUGUUGAAGCUAAAAUUGUAUGUAUUUUGUUGAGAUAUAAUGUUUUAAUAUCAUUUUUAUUUUACUAGGAAUCAUUAAAAACGUUUUAAAUCUGACUUUUAGUGUCUGUGGAAAAAAAUGUCAAGAUGGAGAUUGAAAUCGUUUUCAAUGCAAUAUUUAGUAAAACUAAAAGGAACAAGGAACUCCUGUUACCACCCAGUUUCAGUCGAAUGUGCACAAUAUAGUCAUUUUAGUGGACAGUGCAAGAAUUUAGCUCAAAAAAAUUGGUCUUCAUUUAUAGUAGGCCUUAGUGGCUUUCAUGGAUAUCAGUUUGGAUCAAGCCAUCUUCUAUUUUCCAGAGGAAUGUCUUUGAGUAAUGUUCAAGAUCAUGUACAAAGCAAAGUUUCACCAUUACAGGCUAAAAAAAGAGUAACAAGAAAAAAAAUAAGUUUGACAGCUGAGGCAGACUCCACUCAGGACUGGUGGAGUGUUGUGGCUUAUAGUACAGCUGAAGAAUAUGAUCUAAGUGAUCUUAUAGAUGGCUUGAAGAGACAAGGCCUUUACCAACAAUCAGCAAUGCCUGAAGAUAUGAAUGAUGUGUUACAUGUGUGUGCAAAGUAUCAAGUGGACAAAGAACCACGAGAAGCAUAUUUUUUCAGUGAAGGAUCUGUAGUUUUCUGGAAUGUGCCUGAAAUAGAACAACAAGCAGUGCUGAAAUUUUUAAAAGCCUACGAAACAAACUCAUAUGAGGAAAGUAUUGUUUCUGAAGAAAAGGAGGUAAUGGAAUAUUUGUAUACAGAGAAGUCCACCAGAGGAAGCAAUAAAACUCGUCUAAUUAAUGGCCAAAUCAUGCUUAACUCUGAGGGAUCAACUGACUUGGAAAAAUAUGCAUUUUCAAAUGGCUUGGCAUUAUCUGUGAAGCUGGCAAUCUGGGAAGCCUCUUUGGAGAAGUACGUAGACAGUAUUGACUGGAUAACUGAGGAAAUGAAGAUUGGCAAGAAGAUUUCAAUAACAAGAGAUCAAGUUUUUCAAAAAAGUGGAGAAAUUUUUGCUUUAAGGCAUCUAAUAAACCUAUGCUCAGAUCUUCUGGAUACUCCUGACUUUUACUGGGAUAAGCAGAAUUUAGAGGCAUUAUAUCAUAAAACUUGUAACCACCUGAGUGUGACCAAAAGAACCAAGGUCCUUAACGAGAAGAUAAACCACUGCUGUGAAUUAAUGGAGUUAUUAAGUGGACACCUUAAUGAUCGACAUCAUGUUCGAUUGGAGCUCAUGAUCAUUGCACUUAUCAUGGUGGAGGUGGGAUUUGAAGUUCUUCACUUUGCAAGAAACUUGUUGGAAACAGGGGGAAGUUAAACAAGACUACUGUAAACGUUUGUAUGAAACUAAAAGUUGUUUUAUGGUUAGAAGCAGGUGAUUAGUACAUUUUGGUGCCCUUCUGUAUUUGUGUGUGAGUGAGUCACAAGGAAUUGGUUUUAGUUUGAACUUACCUAACUUUUCAACAGAAAGAAAUAGCAGUAGUUUUGAAAUUUUUUUCAGAAGAAAAUGAAUGGUGUUUCUGAUAGGGAUACCUUUUUAUUAAAAAAAAUAGAUGCCAUUAUAAACACCAGUUCCUUUGUUAUUGAGAUGAAGUAGUCAGUGUAAAAGCAUAUGUUAUUUUUUACAUCAUUCAGGCCAAGAUUUGGGUGAAUUCAGUAAUAUAUAAGCAUCAUUUUUUUUCCUUAAGUGACAAGACAAACAUUUAAUAUUUUCUCUGCCUACUUCAGAGACAGUUUAGAUACCUACUUAGUUUUUUUCAUCUUCUGGAAAAAUUGUAUUUUUAGUAAUGUAAAUUAUCAUUGAGAAAUAUAUUUUAUUCAUUGGAAUACGAGCAUGAAAUAGAAUCGUUAUCAAUGCAUAAUUAUAAAUCAUGUAAGAAUAUAAAUAAUACCACGAUAAAGCUUGAGUAUAAUUUUAGGAAAGCAUAAAUGAACAGAUAUAGCAUCUUACUGGAUCUUUUAGGUAACUAGUUUUGAUACUCUAUAAUUAACAAGUUUUGAGAAAAAUUAUUUUUUCCAACUACUACAGGUAGGAGAGAAGAUCUCUAAUUUUAAACUAUCCGAGAUAAAAGUGUAAAUUUUCCUAUUUACAUCAAAAUGCAGCUAUUGUAGGUUCUCCCCUUUAUAAAUAAUGUACUGUAUCUUCAUAUGAACUUUGAUUUCUAUAUUUUUACACCACAAAGUUUUUGCAGUACUAAUGUUAUGUUUAACAUAAUUACAAGAUGUUUUUUAAAUAUGAAGUUUCUAUGUUAGCCAGAAAGUUCUUAACGAAAAGUGAAUCCUUAGCUGUGAAGAAAUUUGACAAUUAAGUAGCAUUGCAAAAUUAAAGAAAUUGCUAAAUUUUAGUUGAUUUUUGGGUUGUGUAAUAUUCUUUGACUUCACUUUAACCUUUUAAAUGCUUAUUUUAAAAUAUAUUUCAUACACUUCAGAGUUGUAGCUAUUAAAUUUUAUAAGGUGUCUUGUAUGUCAUUAAAGCAAUGAACAUGGAUGA